AUGAACAAACGUGAUAAGUGGAAACGGUUGUCAUUGUAUGCACAAGCUGUGUUUUUAACAACAAUGGCUGAAGCUGAAGCACAAAAUGAAGGCUCGGUUAUCGAGGCACGGAACAGAGCCUCUGUGAAGGUGACAUGUGUCGUCUUCACACCGGUGAUGCCACAGGUAUUUGUUGAAGCGCCGAAAGCAAACCAUGUCGUAACGUUCUACAAAAUUGCGUUUCGUGCUGUGGAAAUGACACAUGUCAACAAUCCGAAAAGGAAGGCAGAGGUAGAGAUACCAUUGACUCCCUUUGUUGAACUUAAGCUUGGCACACUUUCUUUCCUUGUUGCUUAUCUUACUGAUGAAGACUCUACUACUCCUAUGGCGACUGCUUUGACUGGUUGUGUUUUCUGCUUGGAGACUAAGGAUGUUGAUGCUGCUAAAGCCAAGGCUGUUUCUGCUGAUGCUUGUUGCUGUGGGCGUGCUAGAAAGCUGAAGGAUCCUUAUGGCAAUGUCAAGAUGAUCUGCUCUGCAGUGAAAAAUUCCAAGUAAUCAUCGAGGAAACUAAACUCUUGUUUAGCGCUUUUACUACUUUGAAUGAAAUUCCGAUUAUCUCAUGUUGAUGAAAAAACUCUCAUAUUAAAUCUAGUUAGGUAUUAAUGGGUUAGUUUUUUGAAGAAGGAGGUGCAGUGUGGCAUAUUGUUGAUUUUGAACAGUGAAAAAAAAUUAUUUCAUAAAAAUAAAUGAAAAAAAUAUUCAAGAAUAUUUAAAGAAUAUUACAUAAAGAAAAUACAGGACAAGUAGUAAUGGCAGCAUGCAGGACACAGUGAUCAAUGAAAAUUCACUCAAAAAUAUAACGAGAUUGAUGAGUUCUCGAUCAUUAUUUCUCAUUUAAUAGGCACUUAUGUGACGCAAAGUAAGAUUGGUCCGCCAUUAAACACACACACACACAAAAAAAAAAAAAAAAAAAAAAUGGUUAAGAAAAAUAUCAAAAACAAAAAUAUAAAAUCUACUGCCAUCUUCAACUUGGGUACUCCUUCCAUUGAUACUCUCCAAACCUUUUUGGACUUUCAGGAAAUGAAUUUUGAUUUAAAAAAAAAUAACAAUUUAUCUUUCUAAAGGAGAAAUGAACUAAAUUUGUGAAAGUUGUUUAAUUUUUCAAAAGUGAAGUCUUGCAAUAAUUAAAUUUUCCUUCUUCUUCGCUU